ACUCCUACUCCAGAUAUCCCAACUACUACCAUCACCAGUGGCUCAGUAACAACAACUUACUUGACUACCAUCACCACCGGUUCAGUUCCAGUCACUGAAUAUGUUACUGUUACUCCUACUCCAGAUAUCCCAACUACUACCAUCACCAGUGGCUCAGUAACAACAACUUACUUGACUACCAUCACCACUGGUUCAGUUCCAGUUACUGAAUAUGUUACUGUCACUCCUACUCCAGAUAUCCCAACCACCACUAUCACCAGUGGUUCAGUACCAACUACGUACUUGACUACUAUCACCAGUGGUUCAGUACCCGUCACUGAGUACGUUGUCUUAACUCCUACUCCAGACAUUCCGACUACUACUAUUCCUGGUAGAUUCCCAACAACUUACUUAACUACCAUCACCACCGGUUCAGUACCUCUUACUGAAUUCGUGGUUGUCACUCCAACUCCUUGGUCUAAUUCUACCUCAGAAGUCUUUCCAAGUCCAGUUACUGACACAACUAUGAUUACUUCAACCGCUGUCACACCUUCACCUUCUGGUCCAAUCAUCACCACUGAAACUGCUACCACUGUUGUCACCCUUCCAUGUGAUGUUUGUGAAGGUGGUGUCUCAACCUCAACCAAAACAACAGUUACUACCAGGACUUUACCAUGUGAUCAAUGUGAAGGUACCAAUACUGAUGGUGGAAACCCUCAAGUUACUCCUCAAUCAACUCCAACCAAAGUUCCAAGUUCUGGUUCCGGUUCUGAUUCACCAGGUUCUUAUAACUCUGGAACAACUUCACCUAAUGUUUACACUCCUGUCAGCACUUAUGAAGUCUUAGAAGGCGGUGCUUCAUCCAAGGCGGUCACUUCUUUCUUGAUAUUGCUUGCCAGCUUCUUGUGGUUUGCUUAA